CCGCGACGCGCGCCGCGCGCGAUGGUGGAGGUGUACAGAGGCGCGAGACCGCCGCCGCCGAAGCGAGCGACGCGCGAGGCGAGCGACGCGCGCGCGUCGGGACGCCGCGACGACGACGACGACGCGCGAGGCACCGCCGACGGCGACGGCGACGACGACGCGACGGAGGCGCGCGCGGCGUUCGAACUCCCGGACGCGGACGCGGGCGUCGAUUUCUCGAUGAAGAUGUGGACCAAGGAGGGCGAACGCGUGAGUCGGUCGCGAAAGGCGCGAGUGCAGUACGACCCCGAGACGGGGCCGAGGAUUCGGCACCGCAGCGACGCGGCGAAGGGAGAUUUUAACGUGUGGUGGGGGAAACACGCGACGUCAUCGGGGACGACGGCGCGAGAUUUUAACUCGGCAGUGAAAGCGGUGACGCGGUGCGCGCCGAUUUUGGACGCUGGGGUGACGAAAGGAGACGGCGCGGGGACGACGGCGGUGUGCUAUCACUUUGCGCGCGGGUGCUGCACGAGCGGCGAGGCGUGCGAGUACUUGCAUCGGUUGCCCACGGCGUUCGACGACGCGAAGAAUCACAUGAUGUUUGAUAUAUUUGGGCGGCCGAAGCAUCACACGGAGCGGGACGAUAACGGAGGGACGGGGUCGUACAUGCGCGUCGGGCGAACGCUGUACAUGUUCUUCGGCGGCGCCGUGGAUCCAAAGUGGGGCGCGAAGAAGGUGUACGACGAGGUGAUGGCGCAGUUCAGCGAGUUCGGUCCGAUCGAAGACGUGACGGUGAAGUUUGAGCGGCGAUUCGCGUUCGUUCGGUAUAAAUUUCGCGCCUCGGCGGAGUUCGCGAAGGAAGCCAUGGCGGGGCAGACGCUGUGGACGAGCGACGACGCCGAGCCGCUCAACGUUCGAUGGGCGAACGAUGACCCGAACCCGAUCGCCAUCGUGCGCGUGGCGAAUGAAAACGAUGAAAAGGUUCGCGACAUGUUUUUGCGCAGCGAGAAGGCUCAAGCGCUGAUGCGUGAGGCGAAGCGAGAACUGGGGAUCGACGACGACGCCGGCGACGCGGCGGCAAAGAAGGCGAAAGUUUCCGAGAUUUCGUUCGACCCAGCGGAUUACGACGACGACGAGGACGACGGGGAGGAACCGAAACCGCACGAGACGUAGCACCAGCAAAAUUUCUACUAAUUGAUACACCUAGCAAUCUAGCGCUCGCACGUACGCGUCUAUGAUUUCCGUUUGCCCGCGGCGCAAAAUCGAGACGUGUCGAAACCACUCGUCGUCCUCGCCCUUUUGUCCCGGAACGUCGCGACACCACGACGAUCGGUCCGCGAGCCAUUCAUCUAGAGAUUGCGCGUCGAGCGUUUUCGCGAACGCCGACUCGUUCGACGGAUGGACACCGCUUCGUCGCGUGUCGUUCUUAAAGAACGCCGCGUCGCUAAAGCCGUACAUUCGCAACGCGCGAUCGUUUCCGAGAUUGCCAUAGCUUAUGGUGAGCGCUUCGCCCGGUGCGAUGUCUCUCGUCGUCGCAACGUACACGUCCGGCGUCGACCCGCCGUCUCGGCGCACCUCGCAGUUCGGUUGCGGGUGAUGGUCUAAUAAAUCGCAUCCGGGCACGAGCGCGAAUUCUGGCACCGCCGCCGAUUUCAUCGCGCGCGACGACACCGCGCCGAGCGCCCACGCGAUGUCGGCGACAGGGAUCUUCGACAUCGCCGAUAGCUUUCUCACGAAUUCACCGCGCGAACGCGCGCGCGACUCCGUCUCCGUACCAGCCAACGCCUGAACGUCGGCUUCGUUCAGGCACGCGUCGACGAACCGAAACGAUUCCGGCAGACAACUCGCGGCGUACGACGACGCUGACUCGUCCGCUUUCUUUUCGCUCAGCGUGUGCAUCAUCAGCGCCACGGUCUCGCGCACGGUGCCCGGUUCAAACGCCGCUAAAAAGUCUCGAGGUCCCGCGCGUUCGGCGAACGUCGCGCUCCUCGUCGCCCACGACGCGAACGGCG